CCUGCCCUUCUCCCCACUUCUCUUAUCAGCCUUCAGUCAUAAAAGAGGGCUGAACACACACAGGAUCUCUGUACACACUGCUGCUGCAGCCAGUGUCCUCUCAGUCCGCCAGCAGCUGCUUUACUGGGACUUCACAGCUUCAGCAGGAGGAGAUCGGUCAAAGAUGCCGGACAGCAAAGUGACGGUGGAGCUGGGGCUGAAUGGAGCCUCUAAACACCAGUCUGCAGGUGCGGGCCAGCAGCGGCGCGGCGCCACCGUUAGCUUCCACAACAUCAACUACAAGGUGAAAGUGGGAGGAGGCUGUCUGUGUGGAAAGAAGGGUACGACCAAAGACAUCCUCAUCGACCUCAAUGGGUUCAUGAAGCCGGGGCUGAACGCCAUCAUGGGAGCGACGGGGAGCGGAAAGUCAUCGUUUCUGGAUGUCCUGGCAGCCAGAAAGGACCCGGCAGGUCUGACCGGAGAAGUCCUGAUCGACGGAGCUCAUCAGCCUCCGAACUUCAAGUGUCUGUCCGGAUACGUGGUGCAGGACGACGUGGUGAUGGGAACGCUGACCGUCAGGGAGAACUUCACCUUCUCCGCCGCGCUGAGACUCCCAGCCAGCGUCUCUCAGGAGGAGAAGGACCAGAAGGUCAACAGACUGAUCCAGGAGCUGGGACUGGGCCGGGUGGCCGACUCCAAGGUGGGCACCCAGCUGAUCCGUGGUAUCUCCGGCGGUGAGAGGAAGAGGACCAACAUCGGCAUGGAGCUGAUCAUCGACCCGCCCGUCCUCUUCCUGGACGAGCCGACCACCGGGCUGGACGCCAGCACCGCCAACUCCGUUCUGCUGCUGCUCAAGAGGAUGGCGAACAGCGGGCGCACCAUCAUCCUGUCCAUCCACCAGCCGCGCUACUCCAUCUACCGCCUGCUGGACAGCCUCACGCUGCUGGUCAACGGGAAACAGGUUUACCACGGCCCGGCUCCGAGUGCUCUGGAGUAUUUCUCAGACAUUGGAUACACCUGUGAGCCGCACAACAACCCUGCCGACUUCUUCCUGGACAUCAUCAACGGAGACUCGACGGCCGUCACCCUCAGUAACAUGGACAAAGACGACAAUCCAGAUUCAGACACGGUGUCGUUGUCCAGACGGGGAAUCGAAGACAAACUCGUAGAGGAAUACAGAAACUGCCACUACUACAAACAGACCAAAGCAGAGCUCGAAAGGAUCAUUCAGGGCAAAGAGUCGACCACCGUCACCAGAACCUCCAGAACCAUCACCUACAACACAGGCUUCCUGACCCAGUUCAGAUGGGUUCUCAAGAGAACGUUCCGCAACCUGAUGCUCAACCCCCAGACCUCCGUCGCUCAGUUAGCGGUGACCGUGUUCCUGGCGCUCGUCGUAGGAGCCAUUUUCUUUGACGUCAAAGAGGAUCCGAGUGGGAUGCAGAACAGGUUCGGCGCUCUCUUCUUCAUCACGGUGAAUCAGUGUUUCAGCUCGCUGUCGUCUGCUGAACUCUUCAUCUCAGAGAGGAAACUCUUCAUUCACGAGUACAUCAGCGGUUACUACCGCGUGUCCGUGUACUUCCUGUCUAAGAUCCUGUCUGACAUCAUCACGCUGAGGACGAUCCCCGCCAUCGUGUUCAGCUGCGUGGCGUACUUCAUGGUCGGCUUUAAGCCGACAGUGGGAGCAUUCUUCGUCUUCAUGUUCACCGUGGCGCUGGUCGCCUACACCGGCACCGCCAUGGCGCUCGCCAUCUCCGCCGACCAGACAGUGGUCGCCAUCGCCAACAUCUUCAUGACCAUCGCCUGCGUCUUCAUGAUGAUCUUUGCAGGUUUGCUGGUGAAUCUUCCCUCCAUCGUCAGCUGGCUCUCCUGGUUGAAGUAUCUGAGUAUACCGCGAUACGGCCUCGGGGCUCUGCUGGCCAACGAGUUCACUGGUCUGGACAUCUGUCCUGAGGUCAACAACACCACCAGACCACCAGGCUGUACGGGGGAGGACUUCCUGGACGAGCAGGGCGUGGACUACUCCACCUGGGGACUCUGGCAGAACCACCUGGCUCUGAGCGUCAUGACCAUCGCCUUCCUCACCAUCGCUUACCUCAAACUGCGCUUCAUCAGGAAGUUCACCUGAACCUCCAUCAUCACUGGAACAACGUCUCAGAGGGACGAGCAGCUCGGCUCUGUUAUAGUCUAGACGGGACGGUCCAACAAGUGAAAGUGAGGAGCAUUUAUGGGUACAAGUCAGGAACUGGCCUACUUUACUGAUUCAAGGGUGC